AUUCUUUCAACGACUGACAGUUGAAGGGGCGACAUCAUAUCGCGGCGUUGAGGUCGCCAUGUUAGCCAGCCAUGCCGCAUUCGAGAUCAAGCAUGUGGCGGAUCAGCACGCUCCUGCCAAUUCCGCCAUCUUGCUCCGAGUGACGUUUGCCGCGUUCGGAUACUUUGUGCUCCGUGAUUGAAAAUGAUUUGUGUGUGUGCGUGUGUAUAGUGUAGAGGCUACGUUUAUGGUGCUGUGUGUGUUUUUUAUAUUUGAAACUACAGUACAAAACACAAAUAAUACCUACGAGUACUCAUCUAGUCCACGUACUUCUAGAAAAAUGUUAAUACAAUUCCCUUGACUGAUACAUUAUUAGACGGUGAGGGAAACAAGAGGCAUUGGAGUUGAGAAGGAGAAGAAGAGAAUACAGAAAAAGUUGACAGAGAGGAGAAAGAGAUGGACACCAAAAAAGAUGGCCAUGGAGAUGAAAUUGAACUUAGCGUUCAAGGAGCCAGUACUAAGCCCAGCAAAGUAUCGACCAAAUCAGACUUACCUGAGCGAGGGUCCUGGGGGAGCAAGCUUGAUUUCAUCCUCUCAGUUAUCGGUUUGGCCAUAGGUCUCGGCAAUGUCUGGCGUUUCCCUUACCUCUGCUACAAGAAUGGCGGUGGUGCGUUCCUCAUCCCGUACUUCCUCACGCUCUUCCUCGCUGGGAUCCCGAUGUUCUUCAUGGAGCUGGCGAUGGGACAGAUGCUCACAAUCGGCGGUUUGGGCGUGUUUAAGAUUGCGCCCAUUUUUAAGGGUAUUGGAUACGCCGCCGCCGUUAUGUCAUGUUGGAUGAACGUCUACUACAUUGUGAUCCUCGCUUGGGCCAUCUUUUAUUUUUUCAUGUCCAUGCGAGCUGAUGUGCCCUGGCGUACGUGCGACAACUAUUGGAAUACAGAAACUUGCGUGAACCCGUACGACAGAAUGAACCUAACUUGCUGGUCCGACAUGGAUAAGACGACUUUCUGCACCCUUAAUGGCAAGAACGUCAGCAAAGCCAUUUUAUCUGACCCUGUCAAAGAGUUCUGGGAGCGCCGCGCUCUCCAAAUCUCCAGUGGUAUCGAACAUAUCGGCAACAUUCGCUGGGAGCUCGCCGGGACGCUGCUGUUGGUUUGGGUCCUCUGUUACUUUUGCAUCUGGAAGGGUGUUCGCUGGACCGGCAAGGUCGUCUACUUCACCGCCUUGUUCCCUUACUUCUUGCUUACCAUUCUGCUUAUCAGAGGUAUAACCCUGCCAGGCGCGAUAGAAGGUAUCAAGUUCUACGUGAUGCCAAACAUGUCCAAGCUCUUCGAAUCGGAAGUAUGGAUCGACGCUGUCACACAAAUCUUCUUCUCGUACGGUCUUGGGUUGGGCACUUUAGUUGCUUUGGGAAGCUACAAUAAGUUUACUAAUAAUGUUUACAAGGAUGCUCUAAUAGUAUGCUCUGUGAACUCCAGUACAUCGAUGUUCGCUGGUUUCGUUAUAUUCUCGGUCGUCGGUUUCAUGGCUCAUGAGCAGCAAAGACCAGUCGCUGAAGUUGCAGCAUCAGGUCCUGGCUUAGCUUUCCUGGCAUAUCCAUCAGCAGUACUCCAACUCCCCGGAGCUCCACUCUGGUCGUGCCUGUUCUUCUUCAUGCUGCUCCUCAUAGGGUUGGACAGCCAGUUCUGCACCAUGGAAGGCUUCAUCACUGCCGUUAUAGACGAAUGGCCCAAGCUGUUGAGGAGAAGGAAGGAAAUCUUUAUUGCUAUCACUUGCGUUAUAUCUUACUUGGUUGGAUUGUCGUGUAUUUCCGAGGGUGGCAUGUACGUCUUCCAAAUUCUGGACUCGUACGCGGUGUCUGGUUUCUGUCUCCUGUUCCUCAUCUUCUUCGAGUGUGUCUCCAUAUCCUGGGCGUUCGGCGUGAACCGCUUCUACGAUGGCAUCAAAGAGAUGAUUGGUUACUAUCCCACCAUCUGGUGGAAGUUCUGCUGGGUUGGGUUUACCCCUGCUAUCUGUAUUAGCGUCUUCAUCUUCAAUCUGGUUCAGUGGAAGCCAAUAAAGUACAUGAACUACGAAUACCCGUGGUGGUCCCAUGCAUUCGGCUGGUUCACUGCCCUGUCCUCCAUGCUUUGCAUCCCCGGGUACAUGGUCUACCUGUGGAGAGUCACGCCCGGGACCAAGAUGGAGAAAUUCCACACAAUCGUACGAAUUCCCGAAGACGUCCCGUCGUUGCGUACCAAGAUGCAAGCUGAGGAACAAGCGAAACAUGGGACCAAGGCUUAAACAAAAACCUUAAAAUCAAAUCGAUCUCAUUCGGUGAGAGACACGAGAAUGCGAAUAAAGGAUUGCUGUUUAGAUUUUGAGAGUACUUCCAAACGAAAUUAUAGGAAAAGCACACGCACAAUUGUAACAUUAUCAAUAAUUUGUGCGAUAAAAUUAUCAACUAAUAUAGGUUUUAAAUAUUAUUUUAAUAUAUUAAUAUUAAUAUAUUAUUAUAAUAUUAAUUUAUUUGUCAUUAACUCAGUAAAUUUAUUAAAGGACUUUUUAUUUGGAUAUAUUAAUUCGUUAUGAUAAAUAGAUUUAAAUAUUUUUUUUUAGUUUUUAAGAUAUGUGAUGAAAAUGACGUUUUAGUCUCAUGAAUUUUUGUGACUUUUAGAUAAUGUUGGGUGCGUCGCGACGCGUUCAUGUAUGUUUGUACGUUAUGCUAUAUUUUUAAUAUUAUACUUAGCGUUGUUUUAGUGUUUAGUUUAGUGCAUGUUGUGUGUGUGUUAAAGUUAACUGUAUGUUUAUUGUCGUCUUCCAUAUUGUAGUCAAUAUUAUAUUAUAGAUAUCUAUAGUCAGUUUGAAUAUAUAGCGUUUUUAUUCGUUAAUUUUAUUAUAUUUCUCAUUUUAUUUGAAAAUAUUAAACUUAUAAAUUAUAUUGUACGAUCUGAAGUCAUCAAUUAAAUAAAGAAUGAUUAGGAACCUAAAUUGAAAAAAAAAUUAUGAAUCUGGUAAAAAAUAUUUUUCAUCCAAAAUUGUUUGCUUAAUUAUUAAAAAUGAUAAUAGUUAUGAAAUACCUAUAGGUAUAUUAUAUACAUGUAUGGAACAGUAUUAAUAAUGCUUUAAAUAUUUAAGUUUUUCCUUAAAGGACUUAGGAUUAAGUUUUAGAAACAUAUAUAAUAUAUAUAAAAUAUCAUAUACACUGAGAAGUUUAUGUCGUGAAAUUUUCUUUAACAACAUGUGUAGUAAUAGUUGCUUUAACAUUAUUCAAAUCGCAACAAGACGCGCAUGUUUUUGAAGUUUUAAAAAUAUUGUUGAAUAAUGUAAUUUAGUAGUAAAAUAAAAAAAGAUAUGGAAAUUAUUGUUAUUUAGGGCGAACUUAUUCAUUUAUUUUUAAAGUUAAAGCAAAUUAAAAUUGAAGCUGUAGAUGUUGAAAGUAAAGUUUGAUUACUGAAUUAAAUGCUUACUAAUUUUAAAUGGAGAUAUGAAAGAUAAAUUUUAAACAUGUAAUUUACUUACGCAAUAAAAGUGUGUUCCAAGUAAAAUUGCUAUACAUAUUUGGUAUUAUUAUUUUGGCAUUAUUGUUAUAUUGUUAAUAAUAUUUGGACAAAAAGAUAAGAAAGAUAAAUCAACAGAAUGAAGAAUUAUGGUCUAUUCAAACCCUGUUUUAGUUACACUUUCUCAUGAGUUAGUUUAAAUUUUAAUCGACCAUAAUAAUGUUUUAAUACUUAGAUAUCUAUUGCAUUUGUGUAAUAAUGUUCUCCAUAUCUUGAUAUCAAAGCGCGUAAAAAUUAUAUUAUUAUUAUGUAAUAUACUAUUGUAACAUAUAUUAUAAUAAAUAUUAUGCAUGUAAAAGUGUGCUAUUAUGGCUGUUUAUGAUAUGAUUUACCUUAAAUGUUUCAAUUUAUUUUAAGAGAGACUGACAUUGUCUUUAUAUUUAUCUUUGGUUUGUAAGCUUUAAUAGAAUAAUUUUAAUUCGAAAUUAAUAUUAUUAUUGAAAUAUUAAUUACGACGUGUACUUGUACUCCAUCCCACACCAAAUAAAAUUAAGGUAUUCUAUUUUUAUCUUACAAAUACUUAUCAUAUUUAUAAAUAUUAUCAAAUGAAACAAACAUUGGUCAAGUUAAAGCAAAUUUAAUAUUUAAUUUAGAAUAUAUUACAAUUAAAUAUUAUAUAUCUAUAGUUGAAAUAUGCUAUAAUAUUAUAGCUUAUUUAAUUUCAAAAUUGAAACAAGCGGAAUCUAGACAAAGUAUAAAUAAUUGUGCCCCAUUCACGACCAAAAUUUAGAAAUAUUUAAUUCAGAAAAAAUGAAAAAUAAAAACAAGUGCAAAAUUAUACUGUAGAUUUUUAAAAUUUACACAAAUCUUCACAGUCAAUUGGCCUAAUUUUUAUAACAUUUUGAAAUAUUUUUACUAUCUGUAUAUUAUAAUAAAGGAGACUAUAUAUUUAGCUCUUUUUAUAACUUCAUAUAUUUACAAAUCUUAAUCAAUAUACUUAUUACAAUUAUUAUUGUUAUUGAAUAUAGAGGAAUGUGUGGAUUUCCAAAAAAACUAAGCGUGUUCAAAUAUUUUAUUCGAUGUCUAUUUAAGUCGUCAAUUUUUUCUAAUAUAUAAUAGAAAAAUAUACUAUGCAUAGGUAAUAAAAAGUAGUUUAAAUGGU